AUGGGUAUCUUUAUUUCUAAAUUAUUUCAAGGCCUCAUUGGUCGCAAGGAAAUGCGUAUCUUAAUGGUUGGUUUGGAUGCCGCUGGUAAGACCACCAUUUUGUAUAAAUUGAAAUUGGGUGAAAUUGUCACUACUAUCCCAACUAUUGGUUUCAAUGUCGAAACUGUUGAAUACAAGAAUAUUUCUUUCACCGUCUGGGAUGUCGGUGGACAAGAUAAGAUCAGACCUUUGUGGAGACACUACUUCCAAAACACCCAAGGUAUUAUUUUCGUUGUUGAUUCUAACGAUAGAGACCGUAUUUCCGAAGCCAGAGAAGAAUUACAAAGAAUGCUUAACGAAGAUGAAUUGCGUGACGCCUUGUUGUUGGUCUUUGCUAACAAGCAAGAUUUGCCAAACGCCAUGAACGCUGCUGAAAUCACCGAAAAGUUGGGCUUGCACUCCAUCAGACAAAGACCAUGGUACAUUCAAGCCACCUGUGCUACCUCUGGUGAUGGUUUAUACGAAGGUUUGGAAUGGUUGAGUACCAACUUGAAGAACGCCCAAUAA